GGUGUCAAUAUAGGAGAUGAGUACGCCCUAUAUCCAUUAAUCAAAUCCAAAGUCUCAUCCGCACAAUCACCGGAGACUUCGCGCAGGGCACGAGUGACUAGAGUCUGGGAAUUAACAUCUGAUCUAUUAGAGAUCAAUGCGGCGACCAUCCUUUCAACGUUAAGCGAUCAGACAGACUACAGCGCAAAAGCUAAAUCAACAGUCAAAACAGGAUGGAAGGCUGUACCGCUUACCACCAUUUCCAUGAGUAAGAUUGUGGUAUUCAUAGCGCCCCAGCUUCGGAGGCUUACUUCGUGGGUAAGUAUUGUGCAUGAACAAACAUUCCGCUACCUUGCGUUCGAUACAGAUCAGCAGAAGUGCAUACUCUUUGUAUCACGGAAUGCGAAGGACGAGUAUGAGAUCCAAGACAGUCAGUCUGUGCAGAUGUCGGGCUUUCCCGUCGUAUCUGCCACAUCGGAUGGAGCUGAGAACCGUAUUGUUUCUACUUUAGCUCACAUAGCGGCUUACAAAUUUUUUGAGAAGAUCGAAAAUCGUUGUCCGGACCCUGUCUUCGAGAACUUAUUCAGACUGAAGUUUUGCGAUAGCAACGGGUCGGAUCUCACACAAGCGUCACGAAUCGACAUUCGUCAUGAGGGGAUCCUGAGCCUGGUGCUAGAGAAUUUUGAUCAGGUCCCACGAUACCAAAAGCUUUUGGAAAGAAGGGCUGGCUUGGAAGGCAGCAACACCUUCGAUACAUGCCCGGAUAGCUUACCAACUUGCCGAACGUACCCGGGGCGAAUGGAGCGAAGCCUUCUCCUACUAUGAGAAGGCAGUAAAGCUAAUUCCUCUUGUCACCGACUGGACACUAGCGAACAGCGAUAAGCUGGACUCAUUCGAGCAUUUCCAUG